AGCCUCCAGAGGCCGCCCGCUGGCGGGGCAGCCGCAGCGUGAGGGCGGCCGGAGCACAGGCUUUGGUUUUUUUUUCGCCCUCUUCGUGUCUUUUAAUCAUCGACCCGGCGGCUUUGGCAGAGGCUGUGUGGGGGAAUCUCCCCGUUCCCAGCCUGCUGGGGACGGCAACACCGCCCUCGGCACCUCAGCUCUUCCGCGGGGGGCUAAGAGUGACUCCUUGAGCCGCGCAUUUAUUUUUAUUUUUUUGGGGGGGAAAAAACGAAGAAUCCGCUGCGUUUGGAGGCUGAGAGGACGCUUAGGUACUUCGCCAUUGAUGCAUCCGACGUGGAUAUUUUGGAGAGGCUUAAAAGAAGAAUCAAUAAUGUCAGCGCUGAACUGGAAGCCCUUUCUCUAUGGAGGUUUAGCAUCAAUCACUGCAGAAUGCGGUACUUUCCCAAUUGAUCUGACUAAAACACGUCUGCAGGUUCAAGGUCAAGUAAAUGAUGCUAAAUAUAAAGAGAUCCGCUACCGUGGAAUGAUGCACGCCCUGGUCAGAAUAUGCAGAGAAGAAGGACUGAAAGCCUUAUACUCUGGGAUUGCACCUGCAAUGCUACGGCAAGCUUCAUACGGAACUAUAAAAAUAGGCACUUACCAGAGCUUAAAAAGAAUGUUUGUUGAGCGUCCAGAAGAUGAAACCCUGAUGAUAAAUGUUCUAUGUGGCAUCCUUUCGGGAGUAAUUUCAUCGUCUAUUGCCAACCCUACAGAUGUCUUAAAGAUCAGAAUGCAAGCCCAGGGUAGUGUGAUUCAAGGAGGAAUGAUGGGCAACUUUAUACAGAUCUACCAAACAGAAGGCACUAAAGGAUUAUGGAAGGGGGUGUCCCUGACAGCACAGAGAGCUGCUAUUGUUGUUGGAGUGGAACUGCCGGUGUAUGACCUUACCAAGAAGCACCUUAUCAUGUCUGGCUAUAUGGGAGACACAGUAUAUACUCACUUCCUCUCCAGUUUUACGUGUGGGCUGGCUGGAGCCCUUGCAUCCAACCCAGUUGAUGUUGUGAGGACACGCAUGAUGAAUGAGAGAAGCCAACGAAACGGGGCACACUCAAACUACAAGGGCACUCUGGAUUGCUUGUUACAAACCUGGAAGAAUGAGGGCUUUUUUGCUCUCUAUAAAGGGUUUUGGCCAAACUGGCUAAGACUUGGUCCUUGGAAUAUCAUUUUCUUCCUGACAUACGAACAGCUGAAGAAACUAGACUUGUGACGUACUGAAGCCUGUACUGCAUUCUUCUACCACGCUGUUUGAAUGUAGAGCAACUUGUAAGUUAUCUCGAGUAUCUUCUCUUCUUCCUGCCUGAGAUCAUGACCAAAGGAAGAGGUCAUCACAGGACUGUGGCCAGUCACCCAGAAGUGAUGUCAAGGCUCCUGUACCAUUGGCUUGCUCACAUGAUGAAGUGGAUGACGUGCACUAUUUUCUAGACUGAGCCAAAUGGGAUGGUAUUCCUUUCCAGCUCUUGAAGUAUUCCUGAAUGUGAAGAUCCCUAAUGUCACUUUCGCUGUCGAGACCCAGAUGCACAGUGUUUUAUAAGUGUCAGAGGUUGAAAACAAUUUUUAUUUUUCUAAAGGAGGAUAGGUACUACCAAAGCUUCGGGCUUUUACUGUUUUCAGAAGAGUACAAUAUUUGACUGCAAUAGUUCAGUUCUUAUUUAACUGCAAGUGCCAUGAGAUGUCUUUACAGCCUUCCAUUUUACCUGCUGCAAUACAAAAUCUGCUUCUGAUUUUAUAGACUACCUGUGUUGCAAGUUCUGCUGAACUUGCUGGGAAUAAACCAGCUUCACUGGCAGGUGGGGUUGCUACAGUUCUCGGUUGUGCGUAGUGUGAGGAGAGCUUUUUCCACUGUAUCGUUCUUGGUUUUCAGAGUAAGUGGUUUCUGAACAUAUUCGUAUGUAAACUUGAAUUAGGAAUGAAGUUCAGACAAGCCCGUGCUCAUCUGCCUGUCCAGGGAGGACAUUUCUUGUGUUGGGAAGAACUGCUUUGAUCUAUAACUGUGAUGGGCAGUUACAAAGGUGGGAAAAAAAAGAAAGUAAGUUCUGUAUUGAGCAGUUCAGGCCAAAUAAUGCAGGUGCCAAUGUGAAAAGAAGAAAGGUAAGUCCAAGAAAGACUGCUUUCAUUAGUUAAAGAAGUAAAAACAAACAAACAAAAAAAGCAACACCAACAACUAACAAAAAAAAAAAUAAAAUAGAUUUUGACCCAUCCUGGAAAAGAAAAAACAAAAAAUCUGACAAAUCUGCCAAAAAAUCUUAACAAAAAAAGGCUGGUUCCCCUGCAGGAAAAACAAUAAAAAAUAAAAAAUAAAAUCACAAAACAGGCAUACAAACCAAAGAAAUAAACAGCUUGUGUGAGACUGUUCCUCAAAAAUGAAGCCCCCCAAAAAUGUCUGACCAGACCAGAAUAGUUCCUCUCAGAAAAACUCAACCCCCAAAAGGCCAGCCCCC